ACAGUAGUAGAGUUCGCUCGGAGGAGAAAGGUUAACUUGGGCGAGUAAAAGCGUAGAGGCAGGAAAAAAAUUGUCCUAUAGAGGCCGAGUUAACGACUCGUAAGAUUCCGAUGUGCAUGGUGAGACAAACACUUUCCGACGUUGAAUUUUAAUAAAACCGAAAGGAUAAUCUCACCAUCUUGAUCGCUCACGUCUUAACAAUCAUAAUUCGCGAGCAGAAGGUAAAAUAACCUUGCGAUCUUUUGCUUGCCUUAUGUACAGAUUUUUACGCGCACUUGGCUAUUAGCAUAUAUAGUGGAAUGCCACGAGUGCAGAGCAGACGCCAGAAAUGAUAAUUUCCAUACGUUAGAUGCUCUUUAUGUUAUAAUUAUAAUUACGAAAUAAUCAUAGGAAUGUAAAUGUCAAUUUUAUGCAGGAAAAGCAUGAGAGAGCGAGAUACUCUAUAUACUACAAAGCUCACCUUCAUCCCGCAUAUGUGAUUAUUGAUAAAGCCAAGUGUACAGUGCUGUUGCUGUGCUCUUAUUGAAAAUAUGGAUUUCGGUACGUUGUUGAGUGUCGCUCAGAAGAAUGAGCUGAGACAAUCGUCGAAGGCGUGCUACCAGACGAAAUUCACGCCUCCCAAGAAGGAAUCCAAGCAGUCAAAGUCGCUGUCAGAUAAUAUAAAAAAGUUUUUAGCUAGAAAGGAAGAGGAGGAGCGACGUAAGGUUCUUGAAGAAAAGAAGAAGAAGGAGAAUCUCUUGGCUUUGCGGGACCAUAAGGCACAGAGUCGCAUUAAUAAGCAUUUAAAGGUCUGUAAAGCAGCUAAUAAGUCAGUCUUAGCCGAUGCCAUAGAUAAUGAAAACACAGCUGUUACAAUCGCAGGACCCUCGCAAUGCGACGAAGACGAUUACGGAUACGUCUCACAGGAGGCUUCCGCAUUUUACAAUAAGCUAAUGAAUAAAUAUAGUAGUCUACCUCCUGAAAAACCUUUAUUCAGUAAUGACGGUAAAAAAACUGUAAAAGACAUAGCGUCUACAAAAGAUAGGGUUAGACAAGCAUUAAAACAGCAGGAAAUAGAAGAAUCUCUUCCACAUAGGCGAAAAAGAAAAUGCAAAGAAUCUGAAGUCGAUAAUAAACGUAUGAGAGACAUCGAUGAUUUUGAUAGAUAUAAGGAUAAAGAUGGGGAGAAGGAUAGAGAAAGAGAUAAGGAAUUGGAAAAUGAAGAAAAGCCGCGACCGAAGAAAAAAUCAAUGCCUCCACCGAUUGACUUUUCAGACCUCCUCAAAUUAGCAGAAAAGAAACAAUAUGAGCCCAUAAAAAUUGAACCAAAACCAAAACCAAAAGAGGAGCCCGAACGAUUAAUGACAAAAAAGCAAAUGAAGGAAUAUGCAAAAGAAAAGGAUUGGCGAGAAAAGAAAGAACAACGCAUUAGAAAUCCAGAAGCUGCGAAAUCAGCACAAUCUACAAACGAUAGCAAUAAAAUCGUUAAACCCACUUUAACAAAGUGUUCAAAAUUAAGCAGUGCCAAAUCAACGAAUGAUGUCAAUCAUGAAAAGACUGUCAAAUCAUUGCCAACUAUUGUUAAAAAAUCAGUAGAUCGUCCUGUCGAGAAAAAUUAUAAUUUAAAUAGACCCGCCGAAAGAAACAAUAUAGUGCAUAAAUCCACGGAAAAAAGUACUACGAUUAAUAAAACAAUGGAGAGAAGUAACAAUGCGAGUAAGUCUAUAGAGAAAACUAAUAGUGUAAAUAAAAGUCUGGUAUCAAAAAUGUCAGAAAAGGAUGUUAUUGCACAAGAGCGUAGAAAAUUGGAAGAAGAGAAACGGCAAUUGGCAGAAAUGCGACGUAGCAUUGAAGAGGAAAAGAAAAAAUUGCUUAUGAAUAAAACGAAAAAAAUUGAAGAAAACAAAGCUAACGAUUCGCCAUCACAUAAAUCAAUGGGAAGCAAAAUUAAAGAUCCCGUAAAGCCAUCGUCUUCCCUACCUAAAAAUGUUCUGCCAAAGCAAGGUUUAACAAACAAUGUUAAAUCUAAAUUAUCGCCAUCUGACGUUAAAGCAAGACAGUUCCCACCCGCGGAUACGAAAUCAAAACAAUUUCCUCCAUCAGACGUAAAAUCAAAACAAUUUCCUCCUUCCGAUGUGAAACCAAGGCAAUUUCCUCCUCCAGACGUUAGAUCCUCCAAACCUGAUUCAUCUAAACAUCUAAAAGUAUCUAAAGGGCGUAUUUACGAUGAAGAUGAUGACGAAUAUGAUUCGGACUUUGAUGAUUUCAUCGAUGAUGGACCGGUGGAUGACUGUGAAGAUUACAGUAAAUACAUCAGUCAAAUAUUCGGUUACGAUAAAAACAAAUAUAGGCAAGAAGACGACGAAGAUGAUGUCGGCAUGGAAAGUAACUUUGCUCAACAGCUAAAAGAAGAAUUUGUGUCUACAAAAAUAGGUAUAAUGGAAGACCUGGAAGACAUUCGCCAAGAAGCUUAUGAAAAGAAAAGGAAAGCACUUUUGAAAAAAAAUCGCAAAAUGUAACGUG